AUGGCCACAGCUGCCUCGAAUCCCUACAGCAUUCUCAGUUCUAGCUCCCUAGUCCACGCGGACUCUGCAGGGAUGCAGCAGGGGAGUCCUUUCCGAAACCCUCAGAAACUUGUCCAAAGUGAUUACUUGCAGGGAGUUCCUAGCAAUGGGCAUCCUCUUGGGCAUCAUUGGGUGACCAGUCUGGGCGAUGGAGGCCCAUGGUCUUCCACACUGGCCGUCAACCCUCUGGACCAGCAGGACGUGAAGCCCGGACGCGAAGACCUACAGCUGGGUGCGAUCAUCCAUCACCGCUCACCGCACGUCGCCCACCACUCUCCGCACACUAACCAUCCGAAUGCCUGGGGGGCUAAUCCGGCUCCGAACCCGUCCAUCACGUCAAGCGGCCAACCCCUUAACGUGUACUCCCAGUCGGGCUUCACUGUGAGCGGCAUGCUGGAGCACGGAGGGCUCACUCCACCGCCGGCCUCCGCCUCCGCACAGAGCCUACACCCGGUGCUCCGGGAUCCCCCAGACCACAGCGAUCUAGGCUCGCACCACUGCCAGGACCACUCGGACGAGGAGACACCAACCUCGGAUGAGUUAGAACAGUUCGCCAAACAGUUCAAACAAAGAAGAAUCAAAUUGGGCUUCACGCAGGCCGACGUGGGGCUAGCGCUAGGCACACUGUACGGCAACGUUUUCUCACAGACCACUAUCUGCAGGUUCGAGGCCUUGCAGCUGAGCUUCAAGAACAUGUGCAAGCUGAAGCCGCUGCUGAACAAGUGGCUGGAGGAGGCUGAUUCGUCCACUGGGAGCCCGACCAGCAUUGACAAAAUCGCUGCUCAGGGCCGCAAGCGCAAGAAGCGAACCUCCAUCGAGGUGAGUGUCAAGGGCGUACUGGAAACGCAUUUCCUCAAGUGUCCCAAGCCUGCCGCGCAGGAGAUUUCCUCGCUGGCAGACAGCCUCCAGUUGGAGAAAGAAGUGGUGCGUGUCUGGUUUUGUAAUCGAAGACAGAAAGAGAAAAGAAUGACUCCACCAGGGGAUCAGCAGCCGCAUGAGGUUUAUUCACACACCGUGAAAACAGACACGUCCUGCCACGAUCUCUGA